UCCAUCUCGCGCUGCGUUGUGCGCGAGUAUAUAAUAUACACGCGACGACGAUAUUUACGCGUAUCGUGGCAUAAACAGAGAAAAAAAACUUUAACGUUUGUGUAUGUGCGUGUUAUUUUCGUUUGAACAAAUCUUUUGACUAUUUUAUAAAUUACCGUUAAAUAAAAGAGACUCGAAAACGAUGCAUUCGAUAUACGUCGCAGAAAGCACGCAGCUCGGACACGUUGUGCGCAAUUUCUCGUGAAAUAUAUUAUUAUGCUCGCGAUAUCAUGGCGGCGAUCGAGACCAUCGCCAUAAUCGACCACAAUCAGCAGAAUAAUCAGCAUCAUCAUCAUCAUCACGACGGCGGCGGCUCGACGACGCUGAAGAUGUGCGCCCGUCUGCUGGCCUGCCCGCUGUGCUCGCAGCCGGGCUUCAACACGCUGGACUCGCUGCGCGCCGGACUGGUGAGCGUGGCCACCCGCGCCCUCGCCUGUCCCGUCUGCAACGAGAUACUCAUGGGCAUCGACAAGCUCACCAUACACCUGUUCGGACACACGAUUUACAGUGGUGGCCACAAUCACAACAAUAACAACAAUAAUAAUAAUAAUGGUCAUCAUCGAAACAAUCAUCACAACAACGGUAACGAUCAUCGAGGAUCCAACGGCAACUGCGUCGAGCCGAAAAUCGUCGAGCUGCAGCAGGCCACGAGAGGGCCGAGCGGCAGCACGAUCUGGAUCGAGGGCAACGCAAAUGCUGCGGUAGGCAGUGCUGCUUGUUUGGACGACGGUGGCAAAUUGCUGAACGGCAACGACGGGGCGAGCAUCUUCAUACCGAUCGAGGAGAUUGAAAACUUCCGCUCCAAUAGCAGCAACAACAACAAACAGCAGGACCAGCACCAUCUGAUCGGCAACGAUAAUCGGACGGUCGUUCUGCAGAACAUCGGCGGAGGUGGCAAUUUGCUGCCUGUCAACGCGAUGUCGGGUGCCGAUUUCGCGAACGACAAAAUCGGCAAGGAGUCUUACACGCAGACCGACUGGUCGAAGAACUCGAACGAGCAGCAGCAGCAGCCGCAGCAGUUGGAGACGCGGACCGACAUGCUCGCCGAGCUCGUGAAAAACGCCCAGAUAACCGCGUCCCCCUUUCCCGUCAGCAAUUACGAGCCGACGACGAGCGACGGCAACAACAUCGACAACGACGACGACGACAACGACAACGAUCGAGUGGUGGUAGAAGUAGCAGCGUCGGCGAAACCGAUCGUCACCUCGCAGCGACUGCUGGCCAAGGACGAGCGACCCGAGCGCUGCGACAUCUGCGGCUUCGGCUUCCCGGACCUCAAGAUCCUGCUGCUGCACAAGCAGAUCGCGCAUCGGGUGCCGGAGGCCCAGGCCCGCCUCGGGCCCGAGCAGCUGCACAUGAAGAACUUCCCGUGCCACCUGUGCAGCAAGGUGUUCACCAUCAAGGGCAGCCUCAUGGUACACAUGAAGGUCGCCCAUCCGGGCGUCAAUAGGCCCGUCAAUCCAGACAGACACGAGAUGAAGGAGUCGGAGGGUUGCAUAUACAAGAAAACCGACAAAGGCUUCGAGUGCCCGAACUGCGGCAAAGUUUUCACCAAGGAGCAAAACAUCAUCCAGCACAUCCAGACGCACGACAGCAAGCAGUGGGAGUGCGACGUGUGCUGCAAGCUCUUCACCACCAAGUACUUUCUCAAGAAGCACAAGCGGCUGCACUCGGGCGAGAUGCCGUACAAGUGCGGCCUCUGCGACAAGACCUUCACGUUCCAGCAGUCCUAUCACAAGCACAAGCUCUAUCACAAGGACGAGAAGCCGCACGAGUGCAAGACCUGCGGCCGGGCCUUCAAGGAGCUCUCGACCCUGCACAAUCACGAGAGGAUACACACGGGCGAGAAGCCGUUCGAGUGCGAGUCCUGCGGUAAAUGCUUCAGGCAGAGGGUCUCGUACUUGGUGCACAGGAGGAUACACACGGGUGUCAUGCCUUACGAGUGCACGAUUUGUGGCAAAAAGUUCAGAUACAAGGUCAGCCAACGCACGCACAAGUGCGUACCUUCGAGCAACAGCACAGCCACCGCCAGUGGCAGUAGCAAUGCCGAUUCCUCGGCUCGAGCUGCUGCGACGGCGACGUUUCAAUCGGAAGGCGACAACGCGACCGUCUAUCCAGACGUCAAUCCCAACAACAACAGCAACAGCAGCAGUGGCAGCAAUUUCUUGCUCUUAGCCAGCGGCAACAAGGAGCAGGCGCUGAAACGAAAACUCGACGCCGAGAUCGAGAACGAGGACGGCAGCUCGACGUUGCACCAGCAGCAGCAGAACAAUCGCUCGAUGAUGCUCGUGGACGGUGGCGGCAGCCGCUCCAACGACGAUUUCGCUAAUUUGUGCUGGGCCACAACCACCAACAACACUACCAAGAGCAGGGACGAGCCCAAGGACAACGAGAUAACCAUACUGGCUGUGAUAAACGACAAACAUCAGACGACGACGACGACAGUCUGGCCCGGCAAGAAGAUGCCGGACUCGCCGAGCACCGACGACAGCCUCAUGAAGGAGCUGGACAAGGUCAGCGAGGAUUACCGUAGCGGCGUCUGGUCGUCCCUGACGCAGGCGGCUGCGGUGCAGUCCUCGCCCUCGAGCGAGAUGAUGAUGAUGAGAUCGCUGAGCCUCGCCGAGGUCACCGGCAGCAUCGCCAACAACGACAACAAGAGCAGCAGCCAAGACUGCUGCGACGACUACUUCGCGCCUUUGGCCGAUCAUCCCAACGCCGUGGCUGUGGUCGAGCUGCAGCAGCAGCAGCAACGGGACAACGAUGACACAUCGAUGACGACGACGACGACGACGGUCGAGGUGUCGAUGAUGAACGACGACAAUGAGACUGCGAGGGGAAGUUUGUCGACCCUUCAGACCAUCAACGAGGACUCGCUGAAGGAGCUGCUGAACAGUAUAGCCGAUAAAUGAAGCUGAAAAAAUUGGCUUUUUCUUCUAUUUACCCCGGAUUUUUUUCUUCUUUCUCUUCAUUAUGUAAAACGAUUGUGAUACCGAGAUUUUUAGAUUUUUAGAUACAGGCAGAGAGGGAGAGAGCUUUUUUGUAUAAUUAUACCACGUUGCGUAUUGAAUAAGCGUAUAAUUGUUGUAAUUUUUGUUUUUGUUGGUUUUUUUUACAAUGUAUCGAUGUCAAGUAUAGAUUUAAGGCAAUUAAUUAUGUAAUAAAACAAAAUAUUGGA